AAGUGCAAACAUGGCGGCGGCGUGAAACAGUACAAACCAGCUCGGACGGAGGAGCAUAAAUGAAAACAGCUCGAAAGUUUAUUUUCAUUUCUUCGUAUUAAGCCGAGAGCUGUUUUUGAAUGUCCUCUUUCCACGCCGCUUAGGAGAGAAUUGUAGAGGGGAAAACACUAGACUGGACUGAACCAACGCCUGAAAACAAUACGGCUCGAAGAUAAAGUGUGCCGAAAUGAACGGGGACGUGAUAUGUAAUGGACACUCGCCAUUUCACCGCCUCUUAAAGCACAGCAGCUCAAAGUCACCACAUCAUGAAGCAAUCUCAGUCAAACUCAUCCAAGAUGGGAAAACUUCACGAUUAUUCUGCACGCAGAAUGAGCCGCAGAAACAUGGAGAUUCCAGGAGACCCAGUACUGUAAACGGUGAGCUCAUCCUCCCAAAAAUGGCUGUGAAUGAAGAGUUGCAGCAUUCGGUGCACCGAUCAGAGGAGCAGACGCGGCAGCUGCAAUGUACAGCAUCAUACAUACACUCCAGCUGUGACAUCACGUUCCUCGGUCAGAGGAAACGAGCCUUAAGCAAAGUUAAAGUACAGAAAUCCACACAGAGAAUUACUGAGACCAAGAAUCCACAAAACCGAAAGGUUACGGAUUAUUAUCCCAUAAGGAGAAGCUCGAGAAAAAGCAAAAGUGAGCUGAAGUAUGAAGAGAAGAGGCAUCUAGACAUGUUGAUUACAAACGGCAUUGAGAAUGGAAUGAUGGUCAGGUACAUUGAAGGAAAAGGCAGGGGGGUUUUUGCCACCCAGAAGUUUCAGAAAGGGCAGUAUGUAGUGGAGUACCAUGGAGAUCUGCUACAGAUUACUGAUGCCAAAAAAAGGGAGGCAUUAUAUGCACAAGACCCAACCACUGGCUGCUACAUGUAUUACUUCCAGUAUCUCACCAAAACAUAUUGUGUGGAUGCUACAAAAGAGUCUGAUCGUUUGGGAAGGCUUAUCAACCACAGUAAAAACGGCAACUGCCAAACCAAACUCCACGACAUUAACGGAAUACCUCACCUCAUCCUCGUGGCCUCCAGAGAUAUACAGGAAGGAGAGGAACUCCUUUAUGAUUACGGCGACAGAAGUAAAUCGUCGAUAGAGGCUCACCCGUGGCUAAAACUUUAAUGUAUACAGGGGAGGCGGAGGGGGGCACCUUGUUUCUUAACUAGACAGUUUUUAAUGUAAUUAUUGCCUUAGUAAACGGAGAAUGUUAUGGGAUAGUAAUUGUAUGGGUAUGUUACACAGUGACGUACAUGUCAAAUGUGUUAGAUUGCGGUACAUAUUCAAUGUGUCCUACUUUUAAGAUAUUUAUCCUGCUCUAUGACAUGCUAGUUUCGGCACAUUUCUUUUUGUAUAUUUUAUAUAUUGGUAGAUCAGUGCUUCCAAAGCAUGCAGUUAUAGUCCAACUUUCUGCAUUUUUAUAAAGAGUUUUCUUAAUCUGAUGUAUGGUAGUUAGAGGCUUAGCAAUAAUUAUUUAUAAUGCCCAAACAGUUAUGUUUGAAGCAGAAAGCCAGUGAUGCUUAAAGGAACAACAUUUUAAAAGGUUCAGAAAACUGGAACGUGAAACCAAACUUUGAUAUCAUUUGAAAUGUUACCGCUGUUACAAUGCUGAGUGUGUCACCUGAUCAAAGCUGUACCUGUUAUACAAUCAAUUGUAUGAGAUGGUAGAUGCAUUGUUUAAAUAAAC